GGAACAAGUGGAUGAAUCUGUGGAGCCCUGUCAAUGGAAUGCCAAGCACAAGAUUGCUUCAAAUAAGCAUUAUGGGUACAGCUAACUCAACUGCAGAUGAUAUUAAUGCUCUCGAGAUACAUCACUGGUACAGAAAAUUUAUGAGAGAGUGUCCAUCUGGCCAGCUAAGCUUGCAUGAGUUUAAAGGAUUACUUGGCCUGCAAGGUAUGAAUCCAGAAGCAAACAGAUACAUUGAGCAAGUGUUCAGUACUUUUGAUAUGAACAAGGAUGGAUUUAUUGACUUUUUGGAAUUUAUUGCUGCAAUAAACUUAGUUUUACGAGGAAAAAUUGAUCAGAAGUUAAAGUGGUAUUUUAAACUAUAUGAUGCAGAUGGAAAUGGAUCAAUAGACCGAAAAGAAUUGCUAAGUAUAAUAACGGCAGUUCAAGCCAUAAACGGUCACCAGGGAAUAAACCCUGAGGAAUUCACAGCAUUGCUGUUCAAUAAAAUUGAUGUCAAUGGAGACGGUGAACUGACGUUAGAAGAAUUUAUUGGUGGAAUACAAAAGGAUGCAGAACUAUUUGAAAUCAUUUCAAAAAGCUUUGACCUAUCUAACGUGUUGAAAACAAUUCAGAAUGGAAGACGGAGAAGUAUGCCAUAAAUAUCAUAAACCUAGGAUCUCCGUCUAUAGGUCAUUGUCUUACUGUAUGAGGACAUCUUGCUUUCUAGGAAUCUGUACAUACAUCCUUCAGGGAUUAUGUUGGAAGCAUGAUGGCUGUUAAGACUGAGUGAGCAAAACAUCAAAUGUAAGACAUAAGCUUUAUGCUCUUUCCAAGCAUUGCCUUGAAGAAAGAUUUAUAUUAUGUAACAUAGCAAAACCAUACCAGUCUGUGCUAGGGCAUGAAAAAAAGUAAUCUCCCGGCUAUACAUUGAUUUAAAUCCAAUUUAAAUGAAUUUAGAAGGAGAUUGAGUUCCAACUGGAUUAGACAAGAAUAGAGAAGAUACUGUCUGACCUUUUAAUGUAACUAACCACUACUUAAACUGGCUAUAAAAAAGACUCAAACAAGAAGUUUUGAAAAGGUCAUGAUAAUUCUGACAUAAUUUUAAAAUUGUUAAUAAUAAGACCUUUGGAAUACUGGAAUCAACCUAAUCUCAUUAUAUACACUUUAAUUAAAAAUAAAUUUUUACGGAUUACCUAAUAUUUCCUUACAUUUAAAUAUUCAUGUUUCCUGUACAGUGGUCCCUCAACAUACGAUGGUAAUCCAUUCCAAACGGACCAUCGUUUGUUGAAACCAUCGCAUGUUGAGGGAUCCGUGCAAUGUAAA